AUGGAGGCCAGGAGUCGGAGUGCAGAGGAGCUGAGGCGGGCGGAGUUGGUGGAGAUCAUCGUGGAGACGGAGGCGCAGACCGGGGUCAGUGGUAUCAACGUAGCCGGCGGCGGCAAGGAGGGAAUCUUCGUCCGCGAGCUGCGCGAGGACUCACCGGCAGCCAGGAGUCUUAGUCUACAGGAAGGGGACCAGCUGCUCAGCGCCCGCGUGUUUUUUGAGAACUUCAAGUACGAGGAUGCGUUACGCCUUCUGCAAUGCGCAGAGCCCUACAAGGUCUCCUUCUGUCUGAAGCGCACUGUGCCCACUGGGGACCUGGCACUACGGCCCGGAACUGUGGCUGGCUACGAGAUCAAGGGCCCCCGGGCCAAGGUGGCCAAGCUGAACAUCCAGAGUCUGUCCCCUGUGAAGAAGAAGAAGAUGGUGCUGCCCGGGGCCCUAGGGGCCCCUGCAGACUUGGCCCCUGUUGACGUCGAAUUCUCCUUCCCUAAGUUCUCUCGGCUGCGUCGGGGUCUUAAAGUCGAGGCCGUCAAGGGUCCUGUCCCAGCUGCCCCUGCCCGCCGGCGCCUCCAGCUGCCCCGGCUUCGGGUUCGAGAAGUGGCCGAGGAGACUCAGGCAGCCCGGCUGGCUGCUGCCGCUCCUCCCCGCAGAAAGGCCAAGGCAGAGGCUGAGGUGGCAGCAGGGCCUCGCUUCACAGCGCCUCAGGUGGAGCUGGUUGGGCCCCGGCUGCCAGGCGCCGAGGUGGGUGUCCCCCAGGUCUCAGCCCCCAAAGGGCCAGGGGAGGUGGCCCCCUCAGCAGAGAUCACCAGUGGCUUUGCCCUCCACCUGCCGACCCUUGGGCUGGCAGCCCCAGCUGCCCCCGUUCAGGAGCCCACAGCCGUGGGCAUCCAAGUGCCCCAAGUGGAGCUGCCUCCUUUGCCUUCACUACCUACUCUGCCCACGCUUCCCUGCCUGGAGACCCGGGAAGGUGCUGUGGCAGUCACGGUACCCACCCUAGACGUGGCAGCGCCUACCGUGGGAGUGGACCUGGCCUUGCCGGGUAUAGAAGCAGAGGCCCGGGGAGAGGCACCUGAGGUGGCCCUGAAGAUGCCUCGCCUCACUUUCCCCCGUUUCGGGGCUCGGGCCAAGGAAGUUGCUGAAGGCAAGGUGGCUAAGGUCAGCCCGGAAGCCAGGGCAAAGGGGCCCAGACUUCGAAUGCCCACCUUUGGGCUUUCUCUCUUGGAGCGACCUGCUGCCCCUGAAGCCGUAGCUGAGAGCAAGCUGAAGCUGCCCACCAUCAAGAUGCCCUCCUUUGGCAUUGGGGUGUCAGGGCCUGAAGUCAAGGCGCCCAAGGGACCAGAAGUGAAGCUCCCCAAAGCCCCUGAGAUCAAACUCCCAAAAGUGCCUGAGGCGGUCCUUCCUGACGUGCGACUCCCGCAGGUAGAGCUCCCAAAAGUCUCGGAGAUAAAAGUCCCAGAGAUGAAACUCCCCAAAGUGCCGGAGAUGGCCGUGCCGGAAGUGCAGCUCCCAGAGGUGCAGCUCCCGAAAGUCCCUGAGAUGAAAGUGCCCGAGGUGAAAGUCCCCGAGGUGAAGCUCCCAGAGAUGAAGCUCCCGAAGGUGCCUGAGAUGGCAGUGCCUGACGUGCGCCUGCCGGAAGUGCAGCUCCCGAAAGUCCCGGAAAUGAAGCUCCCUGAGAUGAAACUCCCGAAGAUCCCCGAGAUGGCCGUGCCAGACGUGCACCUCCCGGAAGUGCAGCUCCCGAAAGUCCCGGAAAUGAAGCUCCCGAAGAUCCCCGAGAUGGCCGUGCCCGAUGUGUGCCUCCCGGAAGUGCAGUUGCCAAAGGUGUCAGACAUGAAACUCCCCAAGGUGCCUGAGAUGGCCGUACCUGACGUCCACCUGCCGGAAGUGCAGCUCCCGAAAGUCCCGGAAAUGAAGCUCCCUGAGAUGAAGCUCCCCAAGGUGCCCGAGAUGGCCGUGCCGGAUGUGCGCCUCCCGGAGGUGCAGCUGCCAAAAGUCCCAGAGAUGAAAGUCCCUGACAUGAAGCUCCCAGAGAUAAAACUCCCCAGGGUGCCUGAGAUGGUCGUGCCCGACGUGCGCCUCCCAGAGGUGCAGCUGCCGAAGGUGUCCGAAAUGCGGCUGCCAGAAAUGGAGGUGCCCAAGGUCCCAGAUGUGCGACUUCCAAAGGCCCGGGAGGUGAAGCUGCCCACGGCUCCAGAGGUGCAGGUCAAAGCUACCAGGGCUGAGCAGGCCGAGUUUGGCUUCAAGAUGCCCAAGAUGACCAUGCCCAAGCUGGGGAGGCCAGGGUCCCCGGCAGGAGGCAAGCCAGGCGAGGCGGGGGCUGAGGUCUCAGGGAAGCUCGUGACACUUCCCUGUCUGCAGCCAGAGGUGGGCGGCGAGGCUCGUGUGGGUGCCCCCUCCCUCACACUGCCCUCAGUGGAGCUAGACCUGCCAGGGGCCCUGGGCUUGGAGGGCCAGGUCCAAGCAGGCGCAGUACGCAAGGUGGAGCGGGCAGACGGCGCUGGGGUGGCAGCAGGGGUGGGGGAAGCGGGCUUCCGGGUCCCCUCUGUUGAGAUCGUCACUCCACAGUUGCCCACAGUGGAAGCUGAGGAAGGGCGGCUAGAGCUGAUGGAAAUGAAAGCUAAGACCUCUUCCUCCAAGUUCUCUCUUCCCAAGUUUGGACUCUCGGGGCCAAAGGCGGCCAAGGCAGAGGCUGAGGGGGCUGGGCGGGCCACCAAAUUAAAGGUAUCCAGGUUCGCCAUCUCACUCCCCAAGGCUCGAGCGGGGACGGAGGCCGAGGCCAAAGGGGCAGGGGAGGCGGGCCUGCUGCCCGCCCUCGAUCUGUCCAUCCCGCAGCUCAGUCUGGAUGCCCAUCUGCCCGCGGGCAAGGUGGAGGUGGCAGGGGCCGACGUCAAGCUCAAGGGCUCCCGGUUCGCCCUACCCAAGUUUGGGGUCAGAGGCCGGGACACUGAGGCAGGCGAACUAGUGCCAGGGGCGGCCGAGCUGGAGGGCAAAGGCUGGGGCUGGGAUGGGAAGGUGAAGGUGCCCAAGCUAAAAAUGCCCUCCUUUGGACUGGCUCGGGGGAAGGAAGCGGACGUCCAGGCUGGGCGCACCAGUCCGGGGGAAAAGCCCGAGUCCACGGCCAGGCAGCUGAAGCUCCCCGAGGUGGAGCUGGUCACGCUGGGGGCUGAGGAGGAAGGCCGGGCGGAGGGGGCAGUGGCUGUCAGCGGGGUGCGGCUGUCAGGCCUGCAGGUCUCCACGACCAGGCAGGUCGGUGCUGAGGGCCAGGAGGGGGUACCAAAGGGGCCCCCGCUGGGCAUCUCUCUACCCCAGGUGGAGCUGACUGGCUUUGGGGAGAUGGGACUGGGUACCACCGUGGGGCAGCAGGCUGAGGGUGCUGCUGCUUCAGAGGGCACAGUGGGCUACAGGGUCCAGGUGCCCCAGGUGACCUUGUCCCUGCCUGGAGCCCAGGAGGCCAGUGGUGAGCUAUUGGUGGGUGAGGGUGUCUUCAAGAUGCCUGCUGUGACCGUGCCCCAGCUUGAGCUGGACGUGGGGUUGGGCCGCGAGGCACAGGUGGGUGAGGCAGCCACGGGUGAGGGGGCUGCGCUGCGGCUGAAGAUGCCCACGUUGGGGGCAGGAGCUGGGCUAGGGGCAGAGGGGACUGAGGAACAGUCCACAGGGGCCGAGCGUUCCUUCCACCUGUCGCUGCCCGACGUGGAGCUCUCCCCACCUGCUGUGGGCAGCCACGCCGAGUACCAGGUGGCAGAGGACGAGGGGGACGCCGGCCACAAGCUCAAGGUACGGCUGCCCCGGUUUGGCCUGGUGCGAGCCAAGGAGGGGGGCGAGGAUGGCGAGAAAGUCAAGAGCCCAAAACUCAGGCUGCCCCGUGUGGGCUUCAGCCAGGGCGAGGCGGCCGCAGGGGAGGGCUCCCCCAGCCCCGAGGAGGAGGAAGAAGAGGGCAGUGGGGAAGGGGCCUCAGGGCGUCGAGGCCGGGUGCGUGUCCGCCUGCCCCGUGUGGGCCUGGCUGCCCCUUCCAAGGCCUCCAGGGGGCAGGAGGGUGAGGCAGCCCCCAAGUCCCCUGGGGGGGAGAAGUCAUCCAAGUUCCACUUCCCCAGGGUGUCCCUUAGCCCCAAGGCCCAGAGCCGGGACCAGGAGGAGGGUGGGUUCAGGGUCCGGCUGCCCGGUGUGGGGUUUUCAGAGACAGGGGCUCCAGGCCCCACCCGGAUGGAGGGGGCUCAGGCUGCUGUCGUCUGA